AUGUAUGAUCGAGCCCCUCGCUUGUUCAGGCUGAGUGAAGGUAGCAGCACUGAGAACUCGGUGGGUCCUGGAUCCUACCAGGUACCAUCUCUGAAGCCAAGGGCUGCAGAUGGCUAUGCACCAUUUCUUUCUUUGGCUACCAGAGAAAGUUCUUUUCCUGUUGACUCUAAUGCUGGGAAAGCUGUGCCAGGCCCAGGACACUACAAUGUUUCAAAAGCACAGAGAAUGUCAAGAAUACCUAUAGUUUCCAGAACUGUUGAUGUCCCUUCAAUUCCUUCUUUUAGCCUUGCAUAUGGCUACCAUAUUAAUGAGGAUGACACAAUUAUAAAGCGUUUUCCACCUUCACAUGACAACACAUUAGGUCCAGCUUACUACAAACCUCAAUAUGAUGGUUUCAGUACAACUUUGAAGUAUAAAGGAGUACACUUUAGCAACUCUUUGGGAAGACGAGAGUUAAUUCCAGAGGCAGGGCCUGGUCCAGGACACUAUGACCUAGUCCAGGUACAGGCACCACACUAUGAAAAUGUUAACAUCAAGAAAGAGCAGCAGCAAAACCUUUGCUCAUCUAAACCACGAUUUUAUGAUAUAAUACUACUGCUAGAAGAAAAAAAGAGAUUUGUACCUAUAAAAUCAAUCACCCCAGCUCCUGGAACAUAUAAUGAAACUCAAACUGAUCUCAGAUCCUUGAAGAAAAUCUUAAGGGAAAAAAAGUCUGAUGUUUCCGCACCAGGCAGCUAUGAUGUUCAAAAAUCAUAUGAUAUGUCACAUGGUAAACGAAAAUACAUGCCACCUCGUAGUUUAGUGGCCAAAAUAAACCAUACCUCCUUUCUCAGUUCAGCUCCUCGAUGGUUUGAAAAAAUUCCAGAAGGACCAGGGCCUGCUACCUACAGUCCUAGUUUAAGAAAAUCUUGCUCCAUUCCUUUAUUUUUAAAAACAAAACGAUUUGAAGAUGUCCCGAAAGAGACUACUCCUGGUCCAACAACAUAUGAGUUAAUGACCAUGGAUAAGUUCUAUGGUGUCAAGUUCAGUGACAAAGCAAACAUCUUAAAUCAGUCGGCUCCUAAUUCUUAA